AUGAAAGUACUUUGGCCCCAACAUGUUUUUAUCAUCCGCGGAAACCAUGAAUUUAAAGAAAUUUGCUCUGAAGGUGGAUUUCUUUCCGAAAUUCAGUCUAUUUAUGGAAAUACGAAUGUUGCAAAGCAUUUCUUUUCUGCUUUCGAAAUGAUUCCUUUGGCAGCUUUAGUCCAAAACAAGAUUCUUUGCAUACAUGGCGGAAUUGGACCUAAUGUAGAGCAAAUAUCUGAUAUAGAAAAGGUCUCAAGGCCUUUGUGCGGCUUUAACGAAGAAAUUUCGAGUUCAAUAUUAUGGUCAGAUCCAAAUGAAACCAUACAAUUUUUCAGUCCAUCACCAAGAGGUUCAGGAUAUAUCUUUGGCCAGAAAGCUUUCAUGAAAUUUCUGACUCAAAAUAACAUAGAUUUAGUUGUUCGAGGCCAUGAAUGCGCAGAAGCUGGCAUUACAAUGCACUUUGCAAAACGGUUGCUUACAGUCUUUUCCGCUUCGAAUUACUGCGGGAUUUCUCCAAAUAAAUCCGCUGUUUUGGCAAUUUUGGGGAGUGGGCUAAGAAAAGAGGCUACUGUAUUCCUCCCUCUAAGGUUUAUCAAGCGAAACCAAGCAAUAUUCGUUAAAAGUCAGCAAGAAAACGUGUUUAAGUUACCACAGGACGUAGUUGAGGAGAAGAUGGCCAAAGUUUCUUUGCCAACGCUAUCCAACCAAAUUAAAUCAGAGUACAGAGGCAGUGGAAUGCCACUUCCGAGAAAAUCAACAAAACCAAGAAAGAAUUUUAUGCAGGAUAUCAAACCAGACGUUCAUUUGUCGAAGAGCAGGUCGUCAGAGAGCAUGAUUAUGGAUAGAAGAGCUAAUUCAUCCAUUUUUUCACUUUCUGCAACAAAAGGAUUGUAUCAUUCAGCAAAAUCGUCAGAAGUCUGGAAAGACUUAUAA